AUGACGAGAAAGAAAGUGAAACUUGCUUACAUUGCAAAUGCCUCUGCAAGAAAGGCAACAUACAAGAAGAGGAAGAGAGGGCUUAUGAAGAAAAUUAGUGAAUUGAGCACUCUUUGUGCGAUUGAGGCAUGUGCAAUCAUCUUUAGUCCUUAUGAAUCUGAGCCUGAGGUCUGGCCUUCUCCGACUGGAGUCCAACGCGUUCUCUCACGAUUCAAGAAGAUGCCUAAGAUAGAACAGAGCAAGAAUAUGGUGAAUCAUGAGAAGUUUCUACGACAAAAGAUUGCAAAGGCAAAUGACCAGUUGAAGAAGAUGAGAAAGGACAACCGAAAGAAAGAGGUCAUGCGACUCAUGUUUCAAAGCCUAACCGCUGAAAAAGAAUUGCAUGACCUCAACGUACUUGAUUUGAAUGACCUCGUUUGGCUCAUUGAUCAGAGUCUUGAAGACAUUGCUACACGCAUUGACUCUCUUAAAAAACGUUCGAUGCAGCUUCAGCCUCGAUCUCAACCUCAGUCUUUGUGUCAAGCAUCGGAGAACCAGUCGGAAACAGUGGCGUGGAUGAUGGAGCUUGUGAGCCCAGGAUCAAAUGGGCUUUUUGGGGAUGAUAUGUUUUUGCCUUCUGGGGAUCAAACUUAUAACUAUAGUAAUGCAAUGUUCUUCCAAUGCCUUUUUCCUUAG